AUGAUGUGUUUCUUUUUUUUAAUUUUUCUUUAUUUUUUUUUUGUGUCCGUGUACACGAUAAGUAGUCGAAAUAGUCAUCACACGGCAUGCCAGAUUCGAAUCCUAUAGGAGGUGGUGGUAUGCUCUUCGAUCCACUUAUGCAGAGAAGAAGACCAAAUAAUGGGCCAGGGAUUCCUCCAAUGGCACGUUUUGACCCAACCCUCCCAAUCAAUCCAGAUCCAAUGAUGCCUGGUAGUUUUAGUAGACCCCGUCCGGAUCAUAUGAGACCACCAGAUUUUGAUGAUAGUUUGUAUAUGUAAAAUAAUCAUGUAAAAAAUCAUUCAAUAUCUCUAUAAAUAUUAUUUUAAUUUUAUCAAAAUAAAGUUUUAAUUAUUGACUAAAUUGACAUGAGUAUUACUUAUAUCCUUGAUUUUAGGAUAUACACAUAAGUCACAUUCUAUUGUUAAUAUGGAAAGUAGCUAAUUGCAUUCGACUGCUGGAUUUUCUGUAUCUGCUUGCAUACGGCGACUGAAUGCAAUUAGCCGCUUACAAUAUUAACAAUACGAUGACUUAUCUGCAUAUUAAAAAAUCAAUGCAUACACUAAACAUUAAU